ACUGCAAGGACCGAAAGGGAUACUCGGUCCUCCAGGAAAAAUGGGCCCAGCUGGACCAGCAGGAAUGACAGGAGCAAAAGGAGAUGUUGGAAACAUGGGGUUACAAGGAGCAACAGGCCCACAAGGACCGGAGGGGAGGACAGGCCCUCCUGGGUCUAAAGGAGAUAAAGGUUACACAGGAGAAAAGGGGACAAAGGGUGACAGUGGUCUCUCAGAGGUCAAUCUAUUGAAAAACCGAGUCAUUGCCCUUGAGGGACAGCUAAACGCCCUGCAAGCCAAUUUCUCCAAGUAUCAAAAAGUUGCAGCAUACCCAGUUGGCCAAAUUGUUGGCAAUAAAGUCUUUGCAUCCAGUGGCUAUGAAGGCAACUUUAAUGAUCUGAAGCAGAGGUGUCAGGAAGCAGGUGGCCAGCUGGCUUCCCCAAGAAAUGCUGCUGAAAAUACAGCAGUCCAUCAAAUUGCUAUUCUAUAUAAAAUGCCAGCAUUUCUUGGGAUAACCGACAUUCAAACAGAGGGGACAUUUAAAUACUUGAACAGUGAGACCAUUGUUUAUUCCAACUGGUAUCCACGAGAACCCAAUAAUGGUUAUAAUAGAGAGGAUUGUGCUGAAAUUCAUUUGGAUGGCAAAUGGAAUGACAGAUAUUAUAUGGAUAAGAACCUAAUCAUCUGUGAAUUUUAGGCCAUUGAUCUUAAUAUGUCCAAUCUAUUUACAAUUGACCCAUACAUGUUAAUUUUAUUAGUAGGAAUUAAAAUAAAAUGAUUACCAUAUCAUUUAUCUUCACACAAUUUCAGUGAGGUAGGAUGUUGGCAUGUGUACAUGUUUGAUGUAGACAUUGAGGACUAACAACAGUAGCAGUACUCAUCUAUGCACAAAUCUGGAAAAAUGAAAUGGAUAAGCUAACCAAAAUGGAAAAUUGAGUAAUUAAAACAUUUGAGCUUUCAGAAAUGGAUAAGCUAACCAUGUUGAUGAGAAGAAAAACAAUGAAAGGCUUUAAAUAAGACUGGGAACUUUAAAUCAAUUUUUAGUAUGAGAACAGAGAAAAAAUGCUUGCAAACACAUUUUUUUAAAAAACAAUUAAAAUUAAACAAUUAAAAAGUUACUAUAACAAUCUGGAAUGUUAAGUAUCACCAGACUACUGCAAUGUGCUCUACAUGGGGCUGCCAUUGAAGACUGUUUGGAAGCUUCAAGUAGUCGAAUGGGCAGCAGCCAGAUUGCUCCCUGGAGUGAAGUACAGGGAGUGCAUAACACCCCUGCUACGCCAGCUCCACUGGCGGCCAGUCUGCUACCAAGGACAAUUCAAAGUGCUGGCUUUAGUCUAUAAAGUCCUAAACAGUUCUGGCCCAGCUUACCUGUUCGAAUGUAUUUCCCUCUAUGAACGACCUCAGAAGUCAAGAUUUUCUGAAAAGAACCUGCUCUCAGUCCCACCUCCUUCACAGGUGCAGCUGGUGGGGAUGAAAGAUAGGGCCUUCUCAGUGGUGGCCCCUCAGCUAUGGAACUCCCUCCCCAGUGAAAUCAGAUCAACCCUCCCUCCUGACCUUUCGAAAGAACUAAAAACUUGGCUAUUGACCAAGCUUUUGUAGAACAUUUAGUGCAAUAGCCAGCUAUGAAGUAAUUGUAACACAAUUUGAAUGGCUCCUGGAUUAUGACCAAAAUUUGUGUGGUUUUAAUAGUUGAUUUUAAUGAAUGGAAAUGCUUUGAUUUUUAAUUUAAUUAUUUUAAUGUAUAUGUUUACUGUAUUUAUAUGCUUAUGUUUGUAUGGCAUUGAAUUUUGACAAUUUGGAAGCCGCUCUGAAUCCCCUUUGAGGUGACCGAGAGCAGCAUAAAAUCAUAAUAAAUAAAUAAA